AUGGUGGGGUCCUCCAGUGGACUAGGAGGCAUCCUCGAGUUUAAGGGACUGGAGGCAUCUGCGGAGCGGCCUCCUGUGGUAUUCGGUGCACAAGGCCGAGCCAGCGAGCUGCAACAAUGGGAUAAGAAGCCCGAGAUUCCCAUAAAGGCAAUGCAUCCCACGAGGAGAGCAAACCGAGGGCAACCCAUGAGAGCGAGACGCGGUCUCAAGAACCGAAAAUGCCAAUAG